CGGGCAGUCCGUCUGACCGCAGGUCGUCUCGCGUCGCACUGCCUGCACUGUGCUGUGCUGUUCCGCGCCGUCUGCCCAGGACGGUGCGGCGCAGCCAGUCGCAGCGCGGGGAUUCGAGGGGGCACGGCAAUCGGAGUUCCGUGAGCGACUGAGGUGGAGCACAGACUCCCCUGGUCCAGCAGACGGGACCAUGGACCGCCAGCCGUGGGGCGGGAGCAACAAGUCGAGCCCAGAAGACUCUUCGGAGGGCAGACUCCUUUCAACUGUCUGCAUGAGGGAUAUUGUGUCCGAUUGGUCGCCUAUGCAUGAAGCUGCCAUCCAUGGGCGUCUGCUAUCUCUGAGGAGCCUCAUCAACCAGGGGUGGCCUGUAAAUAUCAUCACGGCCGAUGGUGUGUCCCCACUCCAUGAAGCCAGUCUUGGAGGUCACCCAUCUUGUGUGAACCUUCUAAUAAAGUAUGGAGCUCAGGUGAAUGCUGUCACCACCGAUUGGCAUACUCCUUUGUUCAAUGCCUGUAUCGUCGGCAGCCUGGACUGUUUGAUUCUGCUCCUGCAGCACGGUGCCAGCCCCCACCCCGUGAGCGACCUGGCAUCUCCCAUCCAUGAAGCUGCAAAGAGAGGCCAUGUGCAGUGUGUGGAGAUCCUGUUAGCCCAUGGAAGUCAUAUUAACCUCAACAUCCUCCACCUGGGCACCCCUCUCUACAUGGCAUGCAAAAAGCAGCAGGUGGCCUGUGUCAAGAAGCUUCUGGAGUCAGGAGCCAAUGUGAACCAAGGCCGAGGCCGGGACACCCCUCUUCAUGCAGUGGCCAAGACAUCCAACCAAGAACUGGCCCUCCUGCUCCUGGAGUUUGGAGCAAAUCCCUGGGCGAAGAAUGCUGAUGGAAAACGUCCUGUGGAGUUGGUGCCUCUGGAAAGUCCUUUGGCCCAGAUCCUUUUGGAGCAUGAAGGACCGCCUUCUCUGAGGCAGCUGUGCCGUCUGCGAAUCCGGAAGUGCUUUGGGCCCCAGCAGCAUUAUAAGAUCAACGGGCUCUUUCUUCCGGAGGAGCUCAAGCGUUUCCUCCUCCACACAUAGAUGUGU